GCCGAAGAUGUCGGCUCGGUCAUGUGAUCAGCUGUGUCCAAUCACAGCUGAUCACAUGUAAACACGGAAAUGCCGGUUAUCGCAUUUCUCUCCGAGAGGAGAGCCGGGGGAAUGUACACUGAUUUUCAGGGCACUGAUGAUCAGUGUGCCCUGAUGAUCACUGUGGCCCCAGAAGUACCAUGUGCCAGUGCCCAUCAGUGCCAGUGCCACAUCAAUGCCACAUAUCAGUGCCCAUCUGAGCUGCCUUUCAAUGUCGCCAGUCAGUGCCACCUAUCAAUGCCAAUCAGUGCCGCCUGUCAGUGCUGCUUAUUAGUGUCAUGUAUCAGU